AUGUCGAUCCCCAACGAAGCCCUACAGCAGGUCCUGCAAGAAAUCAACCAGAAAAAGGUCUUCGCCGAGCAACAGCUGCUCAUCAUCCGGCAGCAAAAGGCAGCCCGCACACGCGAAGACCGCAUGCUGCAACUGACCUCAUCCGAGGUAUCUUCGCUGCCCGCGGACACGAAAGUGUACGAGGGUGUGGGGAAAAUGUUCGUCGGCACGCCCAUCCCAGACGUGCAGAAGAGGCUGAAGGACGAGAGCGAGGCGCUGACAAAGGAGAUGUCGAAUCUGAACAAGAAGGAGGAUUUCAUGGAGAAGACGUAUGCGAAUAGCAGGGAUGCGCUGGAGCAGAUGCUCAAGGGUUCUAGUUAG